AUGCUAUCUCUACUCGUCGCUCUCGCAUCUCUUUUGCUGGUGCCGUUCGUGGCCGGCAGCCCUUCCCCUGAUGGCGAUCCAGAUUGGCGUGGACACAAACACCACUGCGUCACCGACAGAGAGGCUGCAGCCCUGGUCCCCAGAUUUCAAGAGCUGUAUCGCUUCGCCGAUCAAGCUGUUGCUGACGAAAUAUUGACGGACGACUUCCACGAGUACUCCGACAGUGUAAACUGGAUAAUCUUCAACGCUACUAAACCACCUGGAGCACCGGUUCACACCUCGAAAGCAGAAUUUCUUGCUACCUGGCAAGCUGUCCAGGCGGCCACCGGGCCCGGCGAACCCUUCGAGCCGCUGAACAUUUGGCACAGCUGCCACACAAUCUCGUUUCGCUGGAUCUCGCGGACAAGGCCUUACCCACUAAUCGGCGUGGACGUGCUGGAGCUUCACCCGAAGACGCACAAGAUCCAGAACGACUAUGCAGAACUCAACACAGCGGCACUCUUGGCGAACGCCGGCUGCAGCUUCGACUGCCCUGCUUAG